AUGGAGUACUUGAAAAAGGUAUUCUCGGCGGACAAGCCUGUCACCGACAAAGUGCUUUUGCACCCCAACGGGAGCCACGAUGAUAUUGAAAUAGGCAACAAGAAGGGCGCCAACGUUGUGACCACUGAGGCUGGUUCUUCAGAUCUUGACCUAAGCCACCCAAAAUCGUUCCUCGAGCCUCUCCGCUCCGAGAACUAUGACCCGCUUGAAGAAAAGCUCUCGAAAGUGGCGCUGAACGACGAAUAUGCCGGUAUCACUGUCGAGGAUGAUUCUCCGUACCCUGAGGUGCGUGCCUCGGUGCCAUCAACGGACGAUCCCACUCUACCGCAAAACACAGUCCGUAUGUGGGUGAUCGGUAUGAUUAUGACAACGAUCGGUUGCGCUUUGAAUAUGCUUUUCUCCAUGCACAGUCCCACAUCACCUUGUCGACUUUUGUUACCGCAAUUCUUGCCUGGCCCUUGGGACGAGGUUGGGAUUACAUCUUUCCCAAUAAGCCAAUGUUUGGUCGUUUCGGAGGCCCUUCCUGGAACCCAAGCCCUUUCAACGUUAAGGAACACGCUUUGAUCACCAUCAUGGGUAACGUCUCUUUCGGUGGCGGUAAUGCAUACGCGACGGACAUUAUCCUUUCUAUGAACAACUUUUAUGGUGUCAAUUUCGGCUGGGGUUUCAAUUUGCUGGCCAUUUGGAGCACUCAGUGUAUUGGAUUUGCUAUGGCUGGUGUGUGCAAGAGGAUCUUUGUCGAAACGCCAUCAAUGAUCUGGCCCUCAAACCUUGUGUCAGCUACUUUUUUGACCAAUAUGCAUGUUAACGAAAAUCAUGUUGCGAAUGGUUGGAGAAUUUCUCGUUUGAAGUUUUUCUUGGUUGUAUUUAUCGGUGGUUUUGUUUAUUACUGGUUCCCAGGUUGGAUUUUCCAAGCACUUUCUUACUUCUCGUGGGUAACCUGGAUCAAGCCCAACAAUGUCAUAGUGAACCAGGUAUUUGGAGCGUCAACUGGUUUGGGUUUGAUUCCUCUCACCUUUGACUGGAACCAAAUUGCAGGUUACAUUGGAUCUCCUUUAAUUCCACCCUCCGGUGUAAUCUUCACAAUUCUUUUCUCAAUGGUGUCUAUCUUUUGGGUUAUCGUACCUGCAAUCCAAUACUCCAACGUCUGGUAUGGAAAAUACCUACCUAUCUCUGACUCUUCCAGUUACGACAGAUAUCAAAUGACUUACGAUGUUAAGCGGAUUGUCAACGAUGACCUGACAUUCAACUUCGACGCAUACAAAAAUUACUCCCCCUUAUAUUUAUCCGCGACUUUUGCAAUUUCCUACGGUAUGUCAUUUGCAUCUACUACAGCUACGGUGGUGCACACUUUCGUUUUCCACGGGAAGGAGAUUUACAAUUCUGUUAGAAACAUCAACAACAUGGAACAAGAUGUUCACAGUAGACUGAUGAAAAAAUAUAAGCAGACGCCCGUGUGGUGGUAUCUCGCAACGUUUCUAAUUUUCUUCGGCUUGUCUAUUGCGACAGUGAGAGCUUGGAAUACGGAACUGCCAAUUUGGGCUUUGAUCAUCGCCCUAUUGAUCGCAGCCUUCUUUAUGCUACCUGUCGGUAUUGUCUAUGCUUUGACAAACAUUUCUGUUGGACUUAACGUCAUCACUGAGUUCAUUAUUGGAUACAUGCUUCCAGGAAAGCCUAUUGCGAUGAUGUUUUUCAAAACGUUUGGCUACAUCACUAACAAUCAAGCCGUGACUUUUGCCCAAGACAUGAAAUUGGGCCAUUAUAUGAAAGUUGCCCCUCGUGUAAUGUUCUGGGCGCAAUUAAUUGCAACAGUUUGGGGUAGUUUGGUUCAAAUAUGUGUCUUGAAAUGGGCGCAGGGCAGUAUCGAGGACAUUUGCACACCACAUCAAAAAUCUCAUUUUACAUGUCCCGGCGGUCGCGUUUUCUUCAACGCCUCUAUUAUCUGGGGUGUCAUUGGCCCACAGAGAACAUUUUCUGCAGGACAGUUGUACAACAAACUAAUGUACUGGUUCAUUUUGGGCGCUGGUUUGCCUAUUUUCAACUGGGCUGUUUUGAAGAAAUGGCCAUCUUCCUUUAUCAGAUACUUGAAUUGGCCUGUCUUUUUUAGUGGCACUGGAUUGAUUCCACCUGCGACGCCUUACAACUAUGGUGCUUACUGUAUUGUUGGUAUCACGUUUGGCUACUUCAUCAAGAAGAGAUGGUUUAACUGGUGGGCAAAAUACAACUACUCCUUGUCCGCUGGUUUGGAUAUUUCCCUUGCUUGGGCCUCCUUGAUUAUCUUUUUGACUUUGUCGCUAACCAACGCCAAUCCUCCUUCUUGGUGGGGAAAUAACGUCAUCAACAACACUAUGGACACGCAAGACACGGCAAUUCAAGUGGUCCUCGAAUCGGGGCAAGCCUUCGGACCCGACACCUGGUGA